ACGGUUUUUAUGAACAUCCCCGCGUCACGCAUUUCGUGGACGCUCCCCUUUAAAUGUCAUUCAUCUUUCCUGUCUCUCUCUAUCUUCCUCAUUCAUUCUUGUCGCGAGUACGGACCUGAAAGGACGUGUCUGAAUAAAGUGGAAUCAUUAAUCGUAAAUCGCGUCUCAUUUAUUCGUACUAAAACAUGGUGUCAGAAGUUUUCGCGGACAACUAGUGGAUUUCCGGCGUCAUCGGUAUAACGCGGAAGGUUCCUGUGAGGAGAUUCAACGUCGGGCGGCCAAAGAAUCAUACGCGGAAGUGAUCGGAAAAGUUGCGCUCUUUGUUGCGAACGUGUGCGAUCCUGUCCGGCGGCCAUAUUUCUUUGUGCGCGUCUUCGAACUGUUGGAGAUUUCCCGGAAGUGAAGUGGAGAAGAAAAUUCGAGAAAAAUGGACGCUGAGCAGUUCAAGAUGUUUAUGAAGCAUCAGGAGAAGGCGCAGGCGGAGCUCAUUGCAUCGUUGCAAAAAAAUGGUCGUGAAGCAGUCAACAACGCCGGCCGCUGGAAGUUCGGCGGGCCCCGCUUUGCCGCUUCCCCCCUCCGCUGGAGCUGGCCGGAGACAUGGAGGCAAACUUUGAGUUUUUCAAGCAGAAUUGGAAGAACUACGCAUCCGCCGCUGGGAUGGAUGGUUGGCCGGACACGAUGAAGAAGCAGAAAACGAGCAUCCUUCUGUCAGUGAUCGGAAGUGCAGCGCGCCAAAAGUACUUCAACUUUGAGCUUACGGUUGCAGAGACGGAUGAUCCGGAACUUGCUCUGGCAGCGAUCAAGGAAAAGGUAGUGCGCAAACGGAACAAGUUCGUCGACUGGAUCAAUUUCUUUGGCCUUUCGCAAGAUUCGGACGAAAGCAUCGACGACUACCUGAUGAAGCUGAAGGUUCUGUCGAAGUCAUGCCAGUUCGGAGCUCUUGAGAAAGAAAUGCUGCGGUUCAAGAUCGUCACAUCGAACAAGUGGCCAAAUCUCCGGACCAGGAUGCUGGGCAUGCAGGACCUGAAGGAAGAUGCGGCCGUCGACAUGUGCCGCGCAGAGGAACUCGUUGUGACCUACGGCCAAGUUGUGGGCCGCACUUGUGAAGAGGUCAAGAAGAUUCGGAAGAAGAAGGAGUGCAAGUUUUGCGGCGAAUGGCACGAGUUUGAAAAAGGAGUCUGCCCUGCUUUUGGUAAGAGGUGUAACCACUGUGGCCGAAAGAACCAUUUUGAAAGAGUGUGCAAGUCGGAUCGGCGAAAACGAUCAAAGAGCAAGCGGAACGUGCACAAGGUUCGAGAUUCUCUGGAAGAUCACAGUGAGGAGUCGGACAGCAACGAGUUGAGCGACGGCAGUGAAGCAAGCGCAGUGAUCGGCAAGAUCGAGAACUCGCCAGAACUUGGAGGCCAUGUGACGGCGGAGCUGGAUUUCUACGUCGACGGAGGAGCGCACGUGAUUCCGCUGGAAGAGGAAGGCUAUUGGGGAUCGCCGUGUAGUUCCAGUGAGUCACAUGACAACCGGGGCGAGUAUUCUCCGGAUGGGGGGCAGAAUAUCCUGAGCCAUCCGGAAGGUUCAUCUCCGUACCAGCAGGGCUAUCAUCAUGGAGCACACCACCAGGGACAGCAAGUGUACUGUCCCGUCGGGUACGAGAAAACGAGCUACAUCUGCGACGAGGGCUAUUACGGCGCCACAACCACAACGGGACUCUCGGGAGCAGCGUCCUCCGCGUCCAUCAACACAUCCAGCUCCGGCGGCAUCGCGUUGGUCACCUCCGGCAGCGGUGGUCAACCUGUCGUGCGGGUCGUCAAGCGGCGCAACACGGCCAACAAGAAGGAACGCCGUCGCACCCAGAGCAUCAACUCGGCGUAUACAUCUCUGCGCGAUCGGAUCCCGAACGUCCCCAACGAUACCAAGCUGUCGAAGAUUAAGACGCUCCGGUUAGCGAUAUCGUACAUUGCCCAUCUAUUAGCGGUCGUCAACGGCAGCCAAGACCCGUCCUGUGACUUCCGAGCGGAACUGGUUCCGUCGUCGCGGAAGAUCAACGCCGAACGGAGGGCCCAGAAAAACAUGCUGCAAAAUCUGGCAAACGAAGGCAAGAAAAUCAAGGGCCGAACCGGAUGGCCGCAGCACGUGUGGGCCCUGGAAACCAAAACUACCAUAAAAUAAGUCCACCGGACAAAUAGACGUUCUAAAUAUCAUACUAAAUGUAUAAUUAUAAAAAAUGUUCACGUGUGAUACGCUUCCGAACUAAAUGAGUCAUCAAGUCUGUAAAUAGUUUGUUUUCUCUUAAGAUACG